AUAACAAAGAAGGAAAUUCUUGACAGAAUCAAAGGCAAUGCGUUUUCGAAAUUUAUCAUUGUCCUUCAACUACUAUGGUUUAUCAUUCAAUACGUCGGACGAUGGGCAAGCCAUUUGCGCAGAUCGCAACUCGAGACAAUGACGUUGGCAUAUGCAGCAUUGGGUCUUUUUGUGUACGUGUUGUGGUGGCAUAAACCCGUUAACAUUCAAUUCCCAAUCCAUGUG